AUGGCGGGAGGCAACCGGGAGCUGACGGUCACUUCCUCCCCGGCGGUGGCGGCCAACGCUGAAGGAGAAGAAAUAGAAGUGUUGGAAAGCACCGACGUCCUUCCCGUGGCUCCCGAAGACAAAUGGAAGGAGCUCUUUGACAAGUAUGACCCUGACAAUUCGGGCUUCAUCAGUACUGAGCGCUUCAGGGACCUGUUGGCAACACAUGGCUCAGAGCUCGACCCUCACAAGCUAGAAGUACUCUUGGCCCUGGCUGAUGGUAACUCUGAUGGAAAAAUCUGCUACCAAGACUUCGUCAACCUGGAAUUACCAAUGUGUUUUUUCCAGAUGAGCAACAAGCGCUCCAAUAGCUUCCGGAGGGCAAUCCUCCAGGGGGGCAGGCACUUAAAAGGCAGCAGUCUCAGGGAUGAGGUCGGUCUCGGUCUUUCUCAGCGCUUGGUCCGACAUGUCGCAUAUGAGACAUUGCCGCGCGAAGUGGAUCGCAAGUGGUACUUUGACAGCUACAACUAUUGGCCCCCACCAUGGCUGAUCCUGACCAUAACCAUUCUUGAGGUAUUCGUUUUCUUUUAUUAUGGAUGUCUUCUGGAUCGCCUGGUGCUGCAGGUGUCCAGCCCAUCAUUCCUUAAAAGUCCUCUACCUUACCACCCCCAGCUCCGGGCCCAGGCCUGGAGGUACCUCAGCUACAUUUUCAUGCACACCGGGAUUGAACACCUGAGCCUGAACAUGGCCAUGCAGCUCCUGGUGGGAGUGCCCCUUGAGAUGGUCCACGGUGCGGCGAGGAUUGGACUGGUCUACGCGUGUGGUGUGCUGGCAGGGUCUCUGGCGGUGUCGGUCACUGACAUGACGGCUCCCGUGGUUGGCUCGUCUGGUGGGGUGUACGCCUUGGUCUCUGCGCACCUGGCCAAUGUAGUGAUGAAUUGGUCUGGCAUGAAGUGUCAAUUUAAAUUAUUCCGGAUGGCCAUGGCUCUGGUGUGCAUGAGUGUGGAAUUUGGCCGGGCAGUGUGGCUCCGCUUCUACCCGCCUGCCUUUCCUCCUUGUCCCAACCCCAGCUUUGUAGCUCACCUUGGAGGGGUGAUGGUGGGACUCACGCUGGGCGUAGUGGUCCUGCAGAACUACGAGCAGCGGCUGCAGGAGCAAUCUCUCUUUUGGAUCUUCUUCUGCGUCUACACCUUGUUUGUGCUUUGCGCUGUCUUUUGGAACAUUUUCGCCUACAGUUUGCUUGAUGUGCGGUUGCCACCACCACCGUGA